CAUGUGUGUGGGUUCACUCCACAUCGCCACCUCCGACAAAACCCAUUUUCUUUACUUUGGGUUGUGCUGGAAAGGUGACGCGAUUAUGGACGAACUUGCUGAAGCUCGAGUUGAAUUGGCACUGUUAGAAGAGCGAGAACGACAACUACCCGAACGCCUUCGCAGCGUCCGCUCUGCUCUCCAGGUGCAGAAAAAGAGGACCGACCAACUCGUUCAGCGCGCUAUAAACUGUCCUAUUAGCUGUCUUCCUGUUACGGCCCUUUAUCAAAUAAUCUAUCUGGCAGUCAAUGAUGGUGGUUGGUCGAUCUUUUCCC